AUACAAUAUAUAAAUCGCAGGUACUUGAAAGUACAAGAUGAAGGUUAAUAUUACGUCAUUAUUUACGUAGCAAAUAUUACCUAUAAGUAAGUUCAUUUAUGUACAAAAUGUACAAUGGUUGAUUUUUGUUUCUCUAACCUUUCUGUUAUCAAUUAUGUAUGUAUGUUUUUUUUUAAAUUAUGUGUAAACAUUGAGAUAUUUGUAAAUGUAUUUUAUACAUUUCGGUAAUUUAUUUUAAUGCUUGUGAAAUAAUUUGAUUUGUAAAAGUGAGCGAGUUUGAGUUUUAAAUAAUGAUCCUAUGAUUAACGACAUUGUUCAAAUAAUUUACUCAUAUUUGAUCGAUUUUCUCAUCCGUUAUUUCAACCGGUUGCACUGCAGCCCUAGUCAGCCCAGUUGCACUGCAACCCAUUGUCAGGUUUCUCUAGAAAAUCUUCUUCUAGAAGACGUCGAACAGUGUCAUUCUGUGUCCCUCAAACAAGAUUGGACAAAUAGUCCCGUCGAACAAAUAGUGCUAAAAAUGUAAAUGUUAGAACAAACAGUAAAAUUAAAAUGAUGUAUAAUUAAUUGUAAGCAAAACGAUUGAAUGAAAUCAUAAGUUUAACAAACGCAAAUUUCCUGUCAACAAAUCAUAAUGACGAAAUAUACUCUGUUAAGUUCCCCGCAAGCUGGACCUACCCGAGUUUCAAGAUUUUCAAAGUUAUUUUUUAUAUUGCUAUGUUUUGCUUUCUUUGUAUUCAUAAUAUAUGUGAACUGGUCUCAACGUUUCAAAACAGAACUCGAUGAUCAAAUAAUCCAAGAAGCUUUGAAUAAUCCCGUUUUUGAUCCAUCUUUUACAAACCAAUAUACCCAUAGAAUUGAAAAUACAACUCAUAAAUUUGACCAAAAUAGGCUAAAGUACAUAUUGCUUUGGACACCAAAAAGUUCUCUUCCAUUCAACUAUUUUGGAAUACGACAAAUCGCAUUUACUAGAAACAAGUGUGAAUUCACAAAUUGUUAUAUAACUGCUGACAGACGAUAUUUCAAGGGAGAUCUCACAAAAUUCGACGCCGUAGCUUUUAAUGGGAGAAACUUGAGAUACGUAAAAGCAUCAGAGCUACCCCAGCAAAGAUCGCCUCACCAGAAAUAUAUCUUCUUCAACGUAGAAUCUUCUACGUACCAACCGGUCUGCAACCCUUGGUGGGACAACUUUUUCAACUGGACAUCCACUUACAAGCUGAACUCUGACAUAAUGUACUCGUACAUUUAUAUAAGGGAUAUGAAUGGCGUACACGUCGGACCUAGAAUAGACAUGGAUUGGGUUAAAGAUAUGAAAGAAAUUGGCGACACAUUAAAAAAGAAGCUAAAGAGUAAGAAGAAGGCAGCAGCUUGGUUUGUAUCUCACUGCGUCACUAGAAGUAAGAGAGAGAAAUAUGUGAAGUUACUUCAGAAGGCGUUGAAACCCUAUGAGUUGACCGUAGACAUAUACGGACAUUGUGGUACGUUAGUUUGCCACGGGUAUGAAGAAAAGAAGUGUUGGGCUAUGGUAUCCUCUGAUUAUUACUUCUAUCUUUCCUUUGAGAAUGCCUUCGCCGAGGACUACGUGACAGAGAAGUUGCUGACCGCGUUGAAUAAUGACGCAGUGCCGAUUGUGCUAGGAGGAUCGAACUACACCAGGUUCCUCCCGCCCGGCUCCUACAUCGACGCCCGUCACCACGAGCCAGAAUCCCUGGCCCACGUCGUGGCAGACGUCAUAGCCAACCCCAGCAAGUACCACGAAUUCUUCCGGUGGCGGAACCACUACAAGUACUCCGAGUCCGAACAAAAAGAGGACGUGUGCAACUUGUGCACGGCGCUGAAUGAUAAGAAUAUGGUGACGAUGGAGUCCACGUAUCCGCACUUCAGGAGUUGGUGGAACUCGGACUGGGAAGAGAGAUGUCAAGAUGACAAUUGGAGCACUUGAUCUUAGUCGAUAUAGAUAUUUUGGUUAAACUCGAUCGCAAUACCGAUAGUAAUUGACGCGGUCGUUUGACCGGUGUCUGUAGUGUAGUGACCCUGCCUAUGAAGCCGAUGGUCUUGGGUUCGAAUCCCGGUAGGCCAUUUAUUUGUGUCAUGACCACAGAUAUUUGUUACUGAGUCAUGAAUAUUUUCUAUGUAUUUCAGUAUUUGUAUAUUAUAUAUAUCGUUGUCUGAGUACCUACAACACAAGCCUUCUUGACUUACCGUGAGACUUAGUCAAUUUGUGUAAAAAUGUCCCUGUAAUAUUUAAUUAUUUUAAUUAUAAUAUUACGAGUGUUUUAUAUGGCCUGCCUGUUCUCUAAUAAGUAAUAGCAAAAGAAUGCCAUUUUUUUUUUCAAUUAACGCCAUGUGGCAUGAUUGUCAAUUUAAUAAUAUAAAGAAAAAAAAUCAGCUUACCCCUCUCAACCCCCUAAAUUUCCCCCUAAAAUAAGAAAUAAGCAGUUUUGACUUACGAGUAUUUACAAUAGUAGUGGCGGUAAUUGCUAUAACUGUUCCAAAAUAUAGCUGUUUCCGUUAAACGGUCUUUGAGAAAACCGCAUUUAACCAAUUUGCAAAACCGAAGUGAUUCCAUAAGUCUUCCGUGAACAAACUUUUGUACGGAACACUAAAAAAGGAUGUAAUUGGACAGUGAGGGAACCACGAGGGCUAUUUUGGAGAUAAGAUAAGUAUACCAACGUUAUCUGUCCGCAGUCCAAUGCCCGCCAUACUUACAUUGACAGUUUUGUCCACAAGAAACAUCUGCCAGACAGACCUGACGGAUACCUAUUAAUCUGAGGGCACGGUAGUGCUCCCGCUAAGACGAGCCAAGUAAAUUUAUUUUAAACGUUGCGUGCCCUUUGUUAUGACUGUGGUUUAACAUAAAAUUUUAUGUUUGAUAUUUGAAUAUAAAUGUAUGUCCUACGUAACUGUGUAUUAAUUUGUAUAGGAGUUUUUAUCUGCAUAGCAUAGAUAUGCAAUAAAAACUAUUUACUUAAAAAAUUUAAAUGUGCUCCAUCUAUUUUUUUGGCAAUAUGUAGUAUAGUACUUAUAGCAAAUUGAGAUUAGUAAAUUAUGAUGUGAAUUUGAUUUAAAUUACAGUUCAUUCUUCAUAAAACUAAACCAGAAUAGGUAAUAAACUAUGAAAUGAAUACAGCAUUUUUAAUCGACUUAUAUACGAAUAUUUUUUUUUUAAUAAUGGGUUAGGAAAGUCGAUAAGUCGGUAAUUGAGGGUUUUUUGAAUCUCAUUUUUUUUAUUAAUGUAAGAAAGCCAAAGUUUAUCUAAAUGAUUACACAUCUAUCUUCCUAAACUGUUGUUCUAAAAAUAUUUUUAAGGUGUCUUAAAUUUCUGAUAAGUAUAUAAUUUGGCAAGCCAUUUCCUUCAGUAGGAAAAGGUGGCAAUUUUAAAAAUGUAGGCGCGAAGAGCUGCCGUCCGAUAGAAAAUUUGAAUUUCGCUCCUUUUCCUGCCUUCGAAAUGGGUUUGCCAGAUUAUAUCUCGUAAGAGUUAUAAGUACAAUACAGUUGAGUUGAGUUGUAUAUUACAAUUACCGGACAAUAGCAUAUUACAUCACCUUACCUCCUAAACAAAUCUGACGUUUACGAAAUAAACUGCUGUCUUUUUAAA